UGCCCUAUUGGAUGCAUGUGAAUUGGCCUGCGAGGUUUUCGAAUUUCGUUGCACGCAACUAAAUUAAAAAGUGCAAGAUGGCAGGAAGUGCGGCAGCCGAAUUAAGAAAUUUUGUCAGAAUAUGCAAGAAAAUAGUGUGUGUUGGUAGAAAUUACAUAGAACAUGUUGCAGAACUUGGGAACACUGUCCCAGAGAAGCCACUCAUAUUUCUCAAACCAACAACAUCAUUUUUAGAAGAAGGCCAAGGAAAUAUCAAGGUACCCCCAGGCUGCUCAGAGUUACAUCAUGAGGUAGAGCUGGCAAUCAUUAUUGGUAAAGAUGGCAAAAACAUUGAAGAGGCUAAUGCAAUGAACCAUGUUGGAGGGUAUGCACUAGCUUUGGAUAUGACUGCUAGAAACUUACAAAAUGAUGCAAAGAAAAAAGGAAUUCCAUGGACCCUUGCAAAAGCAUGGGACACAUUUUGUCCAAUCAGCAAGUUUUUGCCAGCAGAUGCAGUGCCAAACCCACAAGAUGUCCAUUUGUGGCUAAAAGUUGAGAAUCAAAUAAGGCAGGAUGGGAAUACCAAGGAUAUGAUUUUCCAUAUCCCAAAACUCAUCAAUUAUAUCAGUGGUGUUAUGACCCUAAAUGUUGGUGAUGUGAUUCUCACAGGCACACCAUCAGGAGUGUCCCCAGUUAAAUCUGGUGAGACUAUCGAGGCUGGACUAGGUGAACAAAUCAAAAUGAAAUUCAUGGUUGAAUAGUAAAAAAACUUAGUUUGACUUAAAAUUAUUCAUGAUUUGCAGAAAACUAGAUGAUUUGAUGUCUUUUAUAUAGAAGCUAAACUAUUAUCCUAUAUAAACUUUAUAUAACUAGUAUCAAGGUUGUUGGAAGGUUUUCGAGGCCCUGGGGCAAGGCAAGGCCAAUGCAAACGGUUUUUUGUGACCAUGACCUUUAUAUUGGCCUUAAAUACAUUGAUGAGUAUUUCUUAUAGUCACUUCUUGCCUUCAUUAAAAACAUUUUAAUAUUUUGAA